AUGCCUCACAACGACCUGGAAGCAGUGACGUCGGCAGGAGGCGCGUCCUCGAUCGCGCAAGCUGAUAAGGAUCGCGACCUUGUUUUCGACCCUCAGUCCAAGUCACUCGAGAUUGAGAAGUCGAAAGCCGAAAAGCGCUUCCUGAGGAAACUGGACAUGAUCCUGCUCACCUACGGGUGUAUCUCUCAAGUCAUCAAGUAUCUGGACCAGACCAACAUCAACAAUGCCUACGUCUCUGGGAUGAGCGAUGAUCUCAACUUUACGGGCAACGAGCUCAACUAUUUCACCACCUACUUCAACGUCGGUUACUGCAUCUUCCUUAUCCCGUCCCAGAUCAUGAUCACCUGGUUCCGCCCCUCUCUGUGGCUUCCGGGGCUUGAGUUUGUCUGGGGCAUCUUCACUGGCUGUAUCGCGGCCUGCACGACCUCGUCCUCUAUCUACGGUCUGCGUGCCCUCAUCGGCAUGGCUGAAAGCUCGUGUUACCCCGGAACGGUUACGCUUCUUAUGGCAUGGUACACCCCUCUGGAGAUGGCCAAACGGAUUGGCUUUUAUCACUCGUGCCAAGCCGUCGGCUCAAUGUUGGCAGGAGCACUCCAGACGGCCAUCCACGAGUCCCUCGAGGGCAAGCAUGGUCUCAGAGGCUGGCAGUGGACGUUUGUGAUCAACUGCAUCAUGACCUGUUGCCUUGCUCUGCUGGGCCCUCUCAUGAUUCCUGACUUUCCCGACAAGCCCAACCCGCUUGCGUUCUGGAUCACUCCUGUCGAUCGCGAGAUCGCCAUGGCCCGUCUGGAGCGCUUCAAGCGCGUCGAUGUCAACCCUAUCAACUUGAAGACAUUUAAGCGUACCCUCAGCAACCCCUUCCUUUACAUGGCCAUCUACAUCUAUGUCGGCAUGCUCAUCGCCGUCUCGGGAAUCAACUACUUCCAGCUGUGGCUCAAGUCUUUGACAAACCCGGACGGCAGCAAGGUGUGGGGGAUUAGCCAGCUCAACGCAAUCCCUAUGGGUGGUUACGCCAUGCAAAUGGUCGGUAUUUGGUGCUUUGCGUAUGCGUCCGACUUCUUCAGGACGCGCUGGCUCAUUAUUCUCAUCAUCUGUCUCAUUGGAAUACCAAGCACUGUCAUCAUGACGGUGUGGAACGUUCCCAACUCUGCCAAGUACUAUGCCUAUUUCAUCCUCUUCCCUCUGCAGUCGCACGCUCCGCCGCUGUGGUCCUGGAUGAGUGACAUGCUCCCAACGGACGCCGAGCAGCGUGCCCUCAUUAUGGGUAUCUCAAUCACGAUGUACUACGCCAUCAACGCCUGGUCCAACGUCCUCAUCUUCCCCGCUGUCCAGGCCCCGCACUACAAGUACGGAUGGCCCGUCUGCCUUGCCCUUUGGGUCACGUCUGGUCUCGUCGUCUGCGGUAUGCGCGUUUACGACGUAAAGGUCAUCCGCCCCCGCAACUACCGCAAGGCGCAGGAGGCCCUCGAGGAGCAGCAGGUCGCGACGGCGCAGUACGUCUCAGCGGGCGACGCCAAGGACAACAACGUCAUGGUGCGCACUAAUUCGGUCAACUAA